AGAUAGAAAAUAAUAAUAAUAAAAAAAACAUUGAAAAACGUGUCUGUAGAAUAACGACAAACGUUUAUAUUAUUGUUGAAUUAAUUAAUAAAUAUUAAUAAAAAUGAUUAUUCCAGUACGUUGUUUUACUUGUGGAAAAGUUAUUGGCAACAAGUGGGAGUCAUAUUUGGGACUUUUACAAGCUGAAUACACUGAAGGAGAUGCUCUUGAUGCAUUGGGACUUAAACGUUACUGUUGUCGACGAAUGCUUCUUGGACAUGUUGAUUUAAUUGAAAAAUUAUUGAAUUAUGCACCAUUGGAAAAAUAAAUACUUCAAAUAUUAUUCCUCGAUUGUAAAAAAAAAAAUAAAUUUAAAUAUUGUAUUACGAGAUAAAUUAUUAAACAAUGGAAUACAUUUGUCAUUUCAAAGAUUAUUUUUUAAUACAAAAAUAUUUAAUUAAUGUAAGUCAUUUUCUUUUUUUUUAUUAAUUAAAAUUACUAAAUAGAAAAUAAAAGGAAAGACAUUUUUGUAUUAAAUGAAUAAACAAUUAGUAAAUUAA